AAAAUCUUUAUUGCUCUGUUGUAACAAGCAUUUGGCAAUCUUUAUUGCCCAUUGUCUGAUGUGUCUACAUUUGUGGGGAUUUUAAAGACGUUUAGUUGAAGAAAGUUGACACUUGGGCGGUGGAACGAUGAAAAAUCCAUCACUGCUAAGUCUGGAGCUUUUGCUGGCCACCUUUCAAUAUCCUUAUCUGGUUGCUAAGUGGUAACCAGUUUGAAAAUCCCAAAGUAAACUGAAUUUGCAUUUGUUUGCAAUAUGAAAGUAAAAAAUUACAAUUAAACAGUAUUAUUAGCCACAUUUAGAUAAGGUUUAACUAGUUGGGCGCUAUUUGAGUAGAUGAGUACGUCGCCAAUGUUAAGGUUGCUCAAUUCAAAAUCUUUAAUUUCCAAUUAACGCCUGGCAUAGUGUUAAGACUAAUAAAAGUGUGACAGAUAGCAAUUAUUGCUGGUUAAGUUGGAAGCGUGCGGAAUAGAUUUUUUUUCAGAAGUCAAGAGCGUCUGAAGUAAAUCAGUUUAGACGUUCGAAGUCACUGGUUGCAAUGGAAAUUAAAAAAAAUCACUCCAGUGACCAGCAAGAACCACCUGAGAGGCAGCCAGAUGUGCCCUAUCAUCAACUGUUUCAAUUUGCCACACUCCUCGACAAACUCUUAAUAGCGGUUGGAAUAAUCGCGUCCAUAAUAUGCGGCGUUUUCCAACCGUAUCUAAUGGUUCUGUUCGGAGAUGUUUCUGGUGUUCUACUGGACUUCACCACAGCGAUGAAUGCCAAUUUAACAUUCGAAGAAGAAAAACUGACCACAGAGAAACUGUACGAUGGCACCGAAUAUUUCGCCAUCAUGACCAGUGUGAGUGCAUUGAUUAUCCUUGUCUGCACUUACAUUUCGGUUGUGUUUUUCACGCAAAGCUCCUUAAGACAAACAUGUAAAAUGAGGAAACUGUUCAUGGAAAAAACGAUCAAUCAGGACAUUGGCUGGUACGACCAAAACCAAACCGGCGAUUUUGCCAGCAUUAUAACCGACAAUAUUCCAAAAAUCGAGGACGGCAUAGGCGAAAAAGUCGGAGUGGUGGUUUUUCUGGGCACCACAUGCGUCUCUGGAAUGAUUUGGGCGUUGAUCAAAGGCUGGCAAUUGGCUCUAGUUUGCCUAGCGUCGCUACCUCUUCAAACUCUAGUUAUGGGCGCUAUCGCUUGGUUUUCCGCCAAAUACUGCAAGCAAGAAAUGGCAGCCUACAGUGCAGCCGGGGCCAUAGCCGAAGAAGUGCUCAGCUCCAUAAAAACCGUCGUGGCGUUUGAUGGGCAGGAAAAGGAGGAAAAGAGAUACGAAAAGUUUGUGAAAAUCGCACAAAACAACAACGUAAAACGGUGCCUCUUCAACUCCAUUAACCAAGGCUUCCUUUGGUUCCUGGCCUACGGUUGCUAUGCCCUGGCCUUUUGGUAUGGCGUGGGCUUAGUGAUAGAGGAAAGAAACUUGCCAGAAGCCGACAGGGUUUACACCCCGGGGAAUAUGAUGGGCGUUUUCUUUGCCACCCUUAUUGCCAGCUGGAACUGCGGCACCAUCAGCCCCUACUUGGAAGUGUUCGGCAUGGCUCGAGGAGCCGCCUUUAAAGUGUUCCAAGUGUUGGAAAGCCGCCCGGAAAUGUACAAGCAGUACGAUGUGGGAAAGCGACCCGAUUUCAUGUCCAAUAUCGCUUUUAAAAAUGUUAAGUUCAGCUAUCCUUCGAGGGCAAAUGUUCAAGUCUUAAAGAACAUCAACCUGGAAAUUCGAUUCGGAGAAACAGUCGCCCUUGUAGGACCCUCUGGAUCGGGGAAAUCCACAAUUGUGCAGCUGAUGCAGCGCUUCUAUGACCCCAAUUCUGGAAUGAUCAGCAUUGACGACGUGAACUUGAAAGACGUGAACUUGAGCUAUCUGCGGCAAAAUGUGGGCGUGGUUAGCCAAGAGCCGUCCCUCUUUGCCACCACCAUUGCCGAGAACAUUCGCUAUGGAAAAUUGAGCGCAACCAUGGAGGAAAUAAUUGCAGCGGCCAAAAAGGCCAACGCCCACCGAUUUGUGACGAAUUUACCAUUCGGUUACCAGACUGUGAUUGGCGAGCGGGGCUCCCAACUCUCUGGGGGGCAAAAACAGCGAAUCGCCAUUGCCCGAGCUUUGAUCAAAGCCCCCAACUUGUUGAUUCUAGAUGAGGCUACUUCUGCCUUGGAUACUGCCAGUGAAGUCGAAGUGCAGCAGGCGCUGGACGCAAUAAGUGGGGAAUGCACCAAACUGGUGGUGGCGCACAGACUAUCUACGAUCAGAAACGCCAGUAGAAUCAUCGUCUUCGAUCAAGGGGAAGUGGUAGAGCACGGCUCGCAUGCCCAGCUGAUGGCCGCCAAGGGCGUCUACUACAACAUGAUCACCUCCCAAGGCUACACAGACCUUAAGAGCGAAAACGACAAAGACAACGACAAGGCCUUGCAAAAGUCCAAAAGCUUCUCCAACCACUCCCGGGAGAGUGCUGAAGAUGACCAGCAAGUCACUGAAGAAGAGUAUUUCCCGCAAGAAGGCAGCUCACGGACCAUACUGAAGAUUCUCCGAAUGAACAGCUCUGAGUGGUUGUCGAUGAUCAUCGGCACCUUGGCUUCCUUCAUGAAUGGGGCUUCGCUGCCCUUGUAUGGGCUGAUUUUUGGCGACAUUCUAGGCGCAUUAUCAAUUAUAGAUAACACCGUCCUGAGGCGAGAGGCCAACUUCUACUGCUUGUACUUCCUCUACCUGGGAAUCGCUUCUGGAAUUGCGAUGUUUUUCCAGAUCUACGGCUUCGGGUAUGCGGGAGAAAAGCUAACCUACCGGCUCAGAAACAAGAUGUUCGGAUGCAUGCUCAGGCAGGAGAUGGGGUGGUUUGAUCGCAAGGAAAAUGGGGUUGGCGCUUUAUGUGCCCAACUUUCCGGAGAUGCGGCCAGCGUCCAAGGGGCUGGCGGGUCUCGGAUUGGCCUAAUUCUCAACUCAGUCUCCACCUUUAUUCUGGCCGCAUGCAUCGGGUUUUAUCUGGAAUGGCGCUUAACACUGGUGGCCGGCGUGUUUUUCCCUCUAAUGUUCUUCUCGAUUUCCUACGAGCGCAAAUCGGUACAGCAAGAAACGCAAGCCGCUCAAAAGCUGCUGGAAAAAUCCGCCAAGAUAGCAAUCGAAGCAAUAGAUAACAUAAAAACGGUGAAAGCUCUAGGGUGUGAACGAGUGUUUUGCGACACUUACGAAAAAGAGCUGGAUCUCUGCAGGCAGGCCGGAUUCAAAAGGUCGCACAUCAAGGCAGGCUUAAUAGGAAUGGCGCGUUGUAUACAGUUUCUUGCGUAUGCAGGAGGGAUGACUUACGGGGCGCAACUGCUGGAGCAAAACGAAGUUGAUUCGGCCACACUGUUCAAGGUUUUGGAAGUGAUCGUGACAAGCUCCUGGUCUAUUGGAAAUGCGCUGUCGUUCUCAUCGAACAUGCAGAAAGGAAUAACCGCAGCUGCCAAGAUUUUCCGGCUGCUUAACAGGGAACCCGCCAUCAAAAACUCGCCGAAUGGGAUUGUGCGCUAUUUGGAAAAGGCCGAUGUAGAAUAUUCAAAGAUUUACUUCUCCUACCCGACAAGGCCGGCGAUCCCGAUCCUGAACGGGCUGGACUUAUCCAUACUAAAUGGGAAAACUGUUGCCUUAGUCGGGGGCAGCGGCUGUGGCAAAUCCACCCUCAUCCAGCUUCUGAUCAGGUUUUACGAUCCUGGAUAUGGGGAAGUUGCUAUCGGCGGAGAUGACGUCAGAGCGCUCAGUCUAAAACACCUCCGGUCUCACUUGGGCAUCGUGAGUCAAGAGCCCAACUUGUUCGAUCUGACUAUAGCCGAGAAUAUCAGCUAUGGAAUCCACGAUCGGAAAGUGGACCUGAAGGAGAUUAUGGAAGCGGCCAAAUCGGCCAAUGUGCACAGCUUCGUGACCAGCCUUCCCCUGGGAUACGAAACAAGGCUAGGGAGCAAAGGCAAGCAACUAUCAGGCGGUCAGAAGCAACGCAUAGCGAUAGCCAGAGCCCUGUUGCGCGAUCCAAAAAUCCUUCUUCUGGACGAAGCAACUUCGGCUUUGGAUAACGAAAGUGAAAAGAUCGUUCAAGAGGCUCUAGACAAUGCAAGGAAAGGUCGAACCUGCAUAACAAUCGCCCAUAGGCUGACCACCAUCCAAGAUGCGGACGUCAUUUGCGUGGUCAAGGAGGGACAAAUCGCCGAAAUGGGCACUCAUGGCGAACUUCUAAAGCUGAAAGGCCACUAUUACGACUAUUAUAAAAUGCAAUCCGGACAAAAUUGAUCCUGGACAUUCUUGGGGUGCGUUUCCAGUAUUAUUAAUCUAUUUAGUUUGGUAGUUGCGUGAAUUCUAUGACGGGAUUUUAUGAUCAUUCUCAUUUUAUAGCAACUGUGUAUUUUUCUGCGACUUAUGUACAAUGCUUGAGUGACUAAUAAAGAAUGUUUAAGAGUU